GUAUUUGGACAGUUGGGUAGAUACUGAUAUGUCUUUCUGUAUACACACAGAGUGGAGUAACCAGUCUCUAUUAUGUUUUUAUUCUGUUGUAAUUCUUUGAAAUGUGUAUCAGUCCUUUUAUCCCUGUACCAGUGACUCAGUAUGUGUUUAUUUUGCAGAUGGUCACCAUUACAAAUUCCUGUAGCUUUGCUGUGCAUGACUUUUUGCUCAAACUCUCCAGACAUGGUUACAGUAUGGAUGGAGAUGUGUCCGGUGGAGUGGCUGGUACCCUGCAAACUGCGACCGUCCUGGAUAUGCAGCAGCGAGUUGCAGUGAGGUUGCAGGAUAUGGAGGAAAACAACAGAUAACAGCUACAACCAACGGGUCUGGUUACAACAAGCGGAACAGAAAAGACAAUAUCCCGCUGUCGGAACAUAACAGUGUAACACACAGCGGAAGUAAACAACACGGGAGCUAGUCGCGUUAACUGGUUGGUGUCUUGUGCUUGGAAGAAGUCUCUCAGUAGGACACGGAGAUAUCUUACUCGUAAUUAAGCAACGAUGUCUUCAGUUCAGUGUUUACGAGAGUUAAUGAACGAGCGACUAACUGCUGCUGCUGAAGAAAUAUUCCGAGUUUUUCAAGAAACUAUCUCAGAGUACGAGAAAGAGAUCAACCGUCAGCGCAUAUUGCUGGAUAUCGUUUGGAAACCUGAAAUAAAAUUACACAGAACAGAGCUCCAACAGCAACAUGUCUGUAAGGAGGAGGAGGUUCUCGCUGACCAGCAGCUCUGUGACCAGGAGAGGAACUCCAGUCUGGACCAAGAGGACCCAGAGCCUCCACAGAUUAAAGAGGAACAGAAGGAACUCUGUACCAGUCUGGACCAAGAGGACCCAGAGCCUCCACAGAUUAAAGAGGAACAGGAGGAACUCUGCACCAGUCUGGAGGGAGAACAGCUGGUGCUGAAGCAGGAGACAGAAACCUUUAUGUUGACUCCUACUUGUGAUGAAAGUGAAGAUCAGACUCUGGACUUGAGUCCUGAUGAAGCUCAGAGAGAAGCAGAGAAAGAGCAUGUUGUCAGCAUGUCAGUUAAAAGUUCUGUGGAACCAGAACCAAACAGUGACGAUCAGCUGCUCUCUCACAACUCUGAUGUAGCUGAGAGCCAAGAUCACAAAGGAGGCAAACAUGGAGACUCAGGAUCAACUAGAAAAGCAGAGCCAAAACUAAAGAAGAGACAUUACAGAAGCAAAAAUCACACUAACAAUGAAGACAACUCUACCACAAUAAAGAUUCACAGUAAUACUGAUACAGGGGAAAAGUCCUUCAAGUGCGACAUUUGUGGGAAAUCUUUUAUGUGCAAGUCCAUCUUGCACAGACAUCUAAGAGUCCACACAGGUGAGAAGCCGUAUCCAUGUAAUACCUGUGAGAAAAGAUUCUCUCAGCUAGGUGCAUUAAAAGUGCAUCUGAGAGUUCACACAGGUGAGAGGCCCUACCCAUGUAACACUUGUGAGAAAAGGUUCUCUGAGCUGGGCAAAUUAAAAGUACAUAUGAGAAUCCACACAGGUGAGAAGCCGUACUCAUGUAACACUUGUGGGAAGAGAUUCUCUCAGCUUGGUGCGUUAAACCUGCAUAUGAGAACACACACAGGUGAGAAGCCGUACCCCUGCAACACCUGUGGGAGAAGAUUUAGUGACAUGACAACAGUGAAAAGGCAUAUAAGAACACACACAGGGGAAAAGCCGUACACAUGUAACACUUGUGAGAAAAGAUUCUCUGAGCUGUGCGCAUUGAAACGACAUAUGAGAGUCCACACAGGGGAGAUGUCAUACAGUUGUACAACUUGUGGGAGAGAGUUCAGGCGUAGACAUCACUUGAAGUUCCACAUGAGAAGUCACGCAGUGGGAAAAGAUUCUGUCAGAUUUCAGACUUGAAAAGGCACAUAAGAAUUCAUUCAGAUUAGAAGCUGCAUAAUUACAAAACAUGCAGAAGAGCUUUGUGGUGACUUUACAAUCUACAUGAGAAGAACCUGCUGCAACACAGAAAAGAUUCUGUCAUGCGUCUGAAUUGGAAAAGCAUAUAAGAGUCCACACAAGCAGGUAGCCUUGUAUUUGUGACACGUUCCAGAGGAUUCAGUUGUGAUUAUGGAUAAAACACACAAGAACACAUAAUGGCAGCACAUGUCAACAAAAACAAUCCAUAAACAGGACAAACAAUUGAGCUGAA